UCGGCUGCCUCCUGCACGCCCCCCACUGGGGAGCGAGCCCACAGCCCAGGCCUGUGCCCUGACCUCCUGGUUCAUAGGUUGACGCCAACCACUGAGCCCCGCCAGCCGGGCUGCGCCUGCCUCUUGCUCCCCGACCCAGCCGGGGGCUGCUGGCCAUGGCGGGAGCGAGGAACCGAGGCUCAGCGAGGGGCACCGUGACCUUCGAGAGCACCCGGGCGCUGGGGGUGGGGCAAGCCGGGCGCCCGAGUCAGGUGGCCCCGCUCCCCAAGCUCAUCUCCAGCUAAAUUACUAGGUCUGUCCCGCCGGCCGCUGUAUAAAGCCGCCCCACGCCUGCGCCCAGUCCCUGCGGCGGACACCCCACGAUGAGGCCAGUCCUGGUGCUUCUGUUUCUGGCUGCGCUGUGCGCGGACUCGGCCCGGGCCCUGCACUGCCACGUGUGCUGCGGCCACGCCAACUGUGAGUCCCUGGUGGAGUGUGCCCAGACGGACAAGUACUGUGUGAUCACGCGGGCCACCAACCCCGGCGGCAUCCUGGUGAUGAAGUCCUGCGCCCCGACCUGCCCCAACAGCACCGUGUCCUCGGAUGGCCGCGCCCUCUCCGUCUUCUGCUGCCAGGGCAGCCAGUGCAACCGCAACGGGGCCGGGGGCCUGGCGGGCGGCCGGGGCGCCCUGUGGGCCAGCGCCUCGGGCAGCCUGCUGUGGGCGCUGCUCUGGGCCUCCUGGUGAGCCAGCCCGAGGGCUGGCCGGGCCCUCCUGCCCCCUCGGCCUGGCUCGGGCUGCACGUGGCCUGUGUCCAGCCGGCCACCCCCUCAGCCUGUCCCCAAGGAGCCCCUGCGCCAUGACCACCAGCCCUCCACCCCCCUGCGCCAGAGCCGUGUGCAGGGGGAGGCGGAUCCUCGGUUCCCUGUGGGUCUCUCCCGGGGCCAUUCACCCUCCAUUCGCCGGCCCAUCUGCGCAGGCCUCCCUCCCUCACAGCCCCUCACACAGCCACUGGGGCCUCCUUGGAGCCGGGCUGGACACCCCCGCGCCCCGGCUGCCCGCGGCAGGUCUGGGCCGGGUCUCCGAGGGGGAGCGCGUCACCACUGCCCGCUGCGCCCAGGGCACGAGAGGAGAAUAAAGGUGCAGCCCUGCUGUCCUU